GCUGUCGAAAGGAUACGGCGCGGACGAACGACUCGGCCUCGGUCCGUCGAAUAUAUCAAUCUCAUAGUUAGUCUGGUUCAGAGCAAAUCCAUUCGAACGAAAGAGAAGAGACGCCUUCCCCAACGGCCCCCCAUCGCCUUCUCCGCCUCCAGAAUGCGGAGGAAGGGAUCCCAAUCGCUGAUGCUCAUGCUUAACAACCGGCUCCUACUUCAUCAUGGAGGACCACAUCCAAUGGCUUCCCUUUCAGAAGCCCUGCGUUCUUCCCAUGCUUAGAUAAGGAAGCAGGAGUUCGUCUAGUUUUCUGUGCACCAGACAAAAAAGCCUUCGGCCGUGGUCUUGCCCAGAGGAGAGCUUGUUUUGUUUGGGCUACUUGUUCGAUCUUGUGUCCACCGGGCUGAAGCGACAUGGACGCCCACCGGGUAGCCGAAGCGCCACUCCCGACGGCGGAACGCCGUUGCAGUGACGAGCCUCGGAACAAGUGCGAGACGGACGCGGGCGCGCAGGCCUCCGCCAGCGCGUGCUUCGACUGCAACAUAUGCCUGGACUUCGCGGUGGAGCCGGUCGUCACUCUCUGCGGGCACCUCUACUGCUGGCCAUGCAUCUACAGGUGGCUGCAGCAGGCGGACGGCGCCGCCCCGCAGCAGUGCCCCGUCUGCAAGGCCGCCCUCCACCAUGACGCCCUGGUGCCGCUCUACGGCGGCGGCCGCCACGGCGCCAAGAAGCCCCGCCCGGACCUCGAAUUACCGCGCCGCCCGCCGCCGGCCCACCCCCCGUCGCCCGGAGCGAACGAGGAACAACGGUACCCGGAGACCCGACCGUAUUCUCGCCGUCACCACCAGCACCCUAAUCACGGGUGGGAGUACACGUCGGGAGCGACGAGGGUGAUCCACUCUACGGCCGGCGGGCUGCUGGGGGGGUUGGUGAUGGCGGUGCUCCCGUGGGUGUUCCGGAAUCAAGAGCGGCCAGGCAUUUACUACUCGAGUCCUUACCACAUGGGCGGCGACGUCGGCAGCGGCAGGCUCAGAAGGCAGGAGAUGGAGCUGAAACGGUCACUCCAUCAGAUUUGGCUCUUCCUUGUGUGCUGUGCCGUUGUGUGCCUGCUCUUAUUCUGACAACUCUUGUGCGCGUCAAAUUUUGGUGAGGGACUUGGCGGAAAAUAUUUACAAUGUGAGUGCAAGAAGCUAAAUUUGAAUUAAUCUAAUGGAUAAAAAUAGAAGAUGAUGCUUAUAUUUA